AUGGAUGACGAUCUCUGGACUGACAUCCUGCAAGCCUUCGAGCAAGAAGCCGGAGAGCGCCCUGCUUCGAAACCGGAGGGUUGGGAAUUGUGCCUUCUGGCUCGCGUAGCAGCAAAUCGCCUGGAAAGCACGAAGAGUGUUCGGAAGACUUUGGCCAAGAGGAUCGAACGGUUGCUCCUUGCCGCAGAGCCACGUCUGGAUGGCUGCCGCGGUGUGCUUGCGCGAGGACUGGGCAAUGCGAUCGAGCUUUCAGCACCUAUUCAGGAGGCACGCCGGCUUGUGAGCCGGAGCCUGACGUCUCGGUCACGAUCCCCUCGACGAGAGAGUUUGCGGCAGGCACAUACGCUUCUGGAGAAAGCAGGCAGUGCCUGGAAGAACCAGCCCGACGCGGUAGAAGUUGCGGCCAAUCUACUCUCAGCGGGGGAGGCGCUCUCACUUGAGGAUGGAGGCGACCCGCAAGAAUUGGCCGAGGAAGUCGCUGCGCCAGCGACUUUGGGGCCGCCGGCCUUCUUCCCCGUGGGAAACGCUGCCGGUCGCUUCGAAGCUCUGACCGAUGGACUUUGUCCAGAGGGGGAGCUCCGACUGCUCUUCAUCGGAGCGUCAGACCCAAGGCACUUGCUGAAAGCGCUGCUUCCGCUGCAUCUCAGCCUGAUGAAGUCAGUGGUAAUGUGUGCAGACAGUCUGCAAGCCAGGCCUUUCUUGUGUUUUUUUCCUACUCACUGA